AUGGGAGCUGAAAACUUUGGAUCUAAUCAAAAGGAUGAAAUAGAAAUUAUUGAAAUUAUGAAGAAAUUUGGAAAAUAUCAAAAGUUCCAGUAUUUUUACGUUUGUCUCGCGGCGUUCUUCAUGACAAUGACUAACAUAAACUAUGUAUUCGUUGCUGGGGACCUCAACUAUCGAUGCCGUAUCCCUGAAUGUGAAAACCAAUACGCAGUUUAUAACGCCACGUGGUGGCCCAACAAGACUAUUGACAGAUGUACAAGACCACAACUAAAAGAAGAAUAUGUUGUUGGACAAUCGUGCACCAGCGAAAGUUUUACAGAUGCGGUCGUAGAAUGCACUGAUUGGGUGUACGAAACCAACAACACGGUCAUAACUACGCUCAAUCUCGCCUGUCAGCAUUGGAAAUCUAAUUUAAUUGGGACCUUUCACAAUAUUGGAACGCUGUUAACAGUUGUAUUGUCUGGUUGGCUGGCAGACAGAAUUCUAGCUGGAGUUCUCUUCGCGUACGCUAUUUACAUGGGAGAAUCAACAUUUGCUUAUAUAGCAAUGUUCGUGCCUUACUGGAAGGAUUUGAUCCGAAUCAUUUACACUCCUCCUAUCAUAUUCAUUUCCUACAUAUUCCUCCUGAAAGAGAGUCCACGAUGGCAAAUACUAAAUGGACGGACAAAAGACGCGAAAAGUACACUUCUAAAUAUAGCCAAAGUCAACAAUAUUAACAUAAACAAGCAAAAAUUAGCAAAUAUGAACGAUGAAGACCUUAAGAAACAGUUCAAAAUAGAGAAUUAUGAACAAAAGGAAAGUUUUAGGGAUGUACUGAAAUCAAAAGUGAUUUUAAAACGUGUAUUAGUUGCAUGCUUCUGCAGAUUUACUACCACCCUUAUUUAUUAUGGGUUAAUGUUGAAUUCGGUGUAUUUGCCCGGGAAUAAGUACACGAAUUUCUCGCUAUCUACGGUAAUGUCGUUUCCUGGGGAGCUAAUAUCAAUGUAUUUGAUGAACAGAAUAGGAAGAAAGCUUCCAAUAAUGUACGGUUAUCUUAUUUGUGGAUUACUCUGCGUGGCAUCUGCAUGGAUUCCUGAAGGAUACGUGUGGCUUAAAAUAUCCCUCUUUCUAUUCGGCAAGCUCCUUGUGUCCAUAUGCUUCACUGGAAUUAUCACGUACACCAUGGAGUUGUUCCCUUCCAGCGUCCGGGGUACCUUACUCGGGGUGUGCGCGGUGGCUUCCAGGACUGGGAGCAUUUUUGCACCUUUAACGCAAAUUCUGAACACAGUGUCCAUCAUCCUUCCAUCAAUGCUUUUUGGCGGCUUAGCCAUUAUCGCUGGUGCUCUCCUGACUCUAAUGCCUGAAACAAAAGACUUACCACUGAUGGAUACGGUAGGACAAAUAGAGAGAAGCAUAAAACUACGAGAAAUACGAAACGACAUAAGUACGAAAGGCGAAGAACGUAGCGAUUUGAUAGCAUAG